AUGAAGGUUGGCGACAGAAACCCCCACCAGAACUACCGAUGCAAGAAGCUCAGCUGCACAAUCCUGCUCAGUGGAAGCCAGCAAUCCAAAUCGUACACGAUAAGCUGGACAGCGAGUGCGUCCGCGGCCAGGUGGAUUUCUGGCGGAUUUUCCGUGAUAGAGAGCUGGACGACGGGCAAUACGUACUCGUGCAACGGCGGCCUUCAUGAGACUAUCUGUGUCCGGUCCAAUACUGCUCAUACGGCAUAUACCAUCCGGGACACCAUGUGGAACAGAUAUAUGGGCUAUGCGCCUGACAACCAUGGGCCUGACUAUGUCAUGAUCUCUCCCAAUAUCGACAAUAAGGGUGGUCUGCCGGAGCCAGGGAGAGAAAUACUGGGAUAAGAGUGGCCGUACCGGUGGACCAUGAUCCGUCUCAGAAGAAUGAGUAGGUUAGCAGGAAGCGCAAUGGAGAAGGUGACGGAGGUCGAAGUAUGUACAUUAAUGG